AUGGAGGGCUUGUUCUUCAACAUUAACGGCGGCUACAUCGAGGGGAUUGUUCGAGGGUAUCGGAACAGCCUCCUCAGCAACCAACACUACAACAACCUGACCCAAUGCGAGAGCAUCGAUGAUGUCAAGCUCCAGCUGGCUCCCGCAUAUGGCGACUUCCUCGCCUCCCUCCCCCCAAACCCCUCGACCUCCGCGCUCGCUGGUAAAAUGACCGACAAGCUCGUAGCCGAAUUCCGGUACCUGCUCGCCCAAGCCACCGGCUCCACGGCCAGAUUCCUCCAAUACCUCACCUACGGCUACAUGAUCGAUAACAUCGCGCUGCUUAUCACAGGGACACUGCACGAGCGCGACACGAGAGAACUCCUGGAGCGCUGCCACCCGCUAGGCUGGUUCGAGACCCUUCCAGUCCUCUGCGUCGCCACGAACAUCGAGGAGCUGUAUAAUUCGGUUCUGGUUGAGACGCCGCUGGCGGGUUACUUCAAGGAGUCUCUGAGCCAUCAGGAUCUGGACGAGUUGAAUAUCGAGAUUGUCCGGAACAUGCUGUACAAGAACUAUCUCGAGGACUUUCAUGACUUUGUCAACACGCAUCCGGAUUUCAGCGGUACGCCUACGCAGGAUGUCAUGUCGGAGAUUCUGCAGUUCGAGGCGGACCGUCGCGCGAUCAAUAUUACCCUGAACUCCUUCGGAACCGAGCUGUCGAAGCAGGAGCGGAGAAAGCUAUACCCCGAGUUCGGAAAGCUGUACCCCGAGGGCUCAUUGAUGCUCUCGCGGGCUGAUGAUCUCGAGGGUGUCACACUCGCCGUGAGCGUAAACGCAGACUACAAGAACUUCUUCGACGCCGUGGGCAUGACUGGCGGCGGUGGUGGAUUCGGCAGUGGCUCGGACGGAAAGAGCCUGGAGGACUUGUUCUAUCAGAAAGAGAUGGAGCUGUCCAAGGUUGCUUUUACCCGCCAAUUCACUCCGUCUAUCGUCUACGCAUGGAUGAGAUUAAAGGAGCAGGAAAUCCGAAAUGUCACCUGGAUCUCGGAGUGCAUUGCGCAGAACCAGAAGGAGAGAAUAGGAAACUUCAUAUCCGUGUUCUAA